AUGAGUAGCAUUCAGCGCAACGCUGUGCAGGCACAUAGACAGGCCGGUGGAGAUAGAGACAAGCUGGUGCGAGGCGAGAUCUACAGCAGACGCGAAAGUCGGUACCCGAACGCAGUGGCCUUGGGAUUAAGGAAACCCCUUAAAGCAGUGCCCGCUAGCGGCCUGCUUCUCUACGCGCGAAGUUGUUUGAAGCGACAACACAAUACCACUGAAGGCCGAGAGGCAGAGACAGAGGAGGCAGAAGAGAUGUCCACAAAUUUGAUGCUACCACCAGCACCUCCACAACAACUUAACAACGGUUCCACGUGUCGAAUCAAAGUAGACCCCCAGUCACAACAGCAGCAGCAACCGCAACAGCAGCAACAUCAUCAAGGUGUUGAGGAAACUAAUGAGGCAGUUAACCUCAAUGAUGAAUCUAUGAUGGCUCUUUCCCAGUCUGUAGAUUCUAUUCACACAGUUGGAACGGCAGCUGGAAGUGACGCUCUUGACUGCACUCUUUUCUCUUCUCCACUAUCGGGUGAGGAGGCAGGGUGGGAGCGGGAGUGGGGGAGAGAAGAGCCUGUAGUCCACUUUACCCUUCGCCAAUUUGGCGUGGUGAAAAAGACGACAACAUCACUCAGAUCUUCCAUGUUUCAGCAUCAAGUUAGAACCCUGUUCGUCAGUGGUCUGCCCUUGGACACGAAAUCACGCGAACUGUACCUUCUGUUUCGAGGAUUCAAGGGUUAUCUAUCGUCCACUCUUAAGCCCGCCGGGAAGAAUGGCAAACUCACUGCACCAGUGGGAUUUGUGACAUUUGAAACGCGAGAACAGGCCGAAAAUGCUCUCAACGAAUUACAGGUGAGAGGCGCUGCACAGCGCAACCAACAUUGGUCUGAUGGCAGUAUUGCUAAGGGCAUCAAGUUUGAUCCUGAAGGAAAUCAACAUAUGCGCCUAGAGUUCGCGCGAAGUAACACGAAGGUCACAAAACCCAAGUGGCCUCCAGGCUUCCCAUUACCGCCAGGAGCGCCCAGUGGAUUUCCCUUCAUCCCCGCUACCGGUAACCCUGCCAGCCUGUCGCCCCUUGGUCAGCAGGCGGGAUUUCCUGGAGUCUUACCCACUAAUUUUCUCCCGCAUUUAGCUGGUUUUGAUCCUACAACGAUGGCUUUGAUUGCCGCACAAGAUGCAACACAAUGGACAGCCAAUCCCCACUUUGGAUAUGAUAGUACAGGGCUCUUCACUUCCAUAGGUGCUGCACCUGCUGCUGCUUUCCUUCAGGCCUCGAAUUUUCGCCCUAUUCUAUCAAUGAAUGCGGGUGGAACGACACCAGUGAGCCAGUCAGGGGCGACUCCAGUGGCCAACCAUCUUCAGCUUGUGCAAGCUGCGCUUCAAGCAACUAACGCGGCCGCGGCCUUGGGUCUCAUGGCAACAGGAGGCAGCGGUAAUGGCGGUGCGGCGGCAGCUCUCCAACAGCAGGCAUCAGGACCGACUCCUCAGGGCUCUUCACCCACCGGGUCGGCAAUAUCAUCGGGCAAUCAUUCGCAAACCACCUAUUCCGCGUUACAAAAUCACCAACAGCAGCAGCAACAACAACAGUUUCUGGCGACCAAUCCGUCGGUUCAGCAGCAACAUCAGCAGCAGCAACAACACCAAAGGCAGCAAGCAGCGUUGGCGGCAGCUGCGGCAUCUGUUGGAUUACCAGCCGGACUGUUGCCCGGCGUGCUAAGUGGACUGACAACGCCUUCAGGGCUGAAGGAGGAGCACAAUCAAAAUGGAACGUCGGUUGCGGUUGGUAGUCCAUUAAAUCACUGGUAG